AUGAAGCUCAUACACAUCAUCUGUAUCACGGGUCUCUUCGUCCUUGGCGCGACUGAAGCUUUGCGCAACGACACCAGUGUCAAGAGAGAGUCUCCUGAGUGCCGCUGGCACCGCCGCAGCCUGAACGCUAGAGACGACAGCGACGACAACGACGACAACGACGACAACGACGACAACGACAGCGACGACAGCGACGACGACUUUUGCUUCGGUCUACAACCUGCCGACGAUGCGCUCUGGCAUGCAGCAAAAUGCAGGGGCGGAAAACUACUUCUCGGGACCACCCAAAACGCUCCGGAAGCUGCACGAUUCGUGAAUCCCAUCAAUUCUCCCUGGGACGGCGAGAUGAGAGACGAUCUCUUCAAGUGGGGUUGGAAAGAUGGAGUUACCGAUCCCGAUACAGAGUGCAAUAUCGACUUCCUCAAGCCUAUCCUCCCGUACCUCAGAACCACUACAGGCAGCCACCUCUACGGCGGACCAAACUAUUGCUUCUCGGUAAAGCAUUGCGACAGUGAUGCUAUGGAGAAGGAUGAAAACGGAAACAUGUACCCCAGGAAAGAACAGUACUAUGACGUCGAUGGUCGAUUAUACAGGGCCACAGCCGGUUUCACUACGGCGGUCGUCAACCCAGAUGCAGGCGCGAUAUUCUUUCUUCAACGUGGCUCUCCCGCAUUCGAAGCCCGCGACUUAUGGGGUUUAGAGGACCAGCAUACAGUCGAUCCAAAUGAGUUGCCGGCUCUGCGUAUGAGUUCGGAUCUAGCAUGGGCAUUUUGGAGACGAGCGAGUACCAAUCUCCUGAAAAUCUGGAUUAUAGCAUCUUUGACAGUCGUCAAUUCCGAAACGGAAAAGAUUAUCGACAGAGCGCUGAAGGAAUCCCAGUUGAGCGAGGUUCCAGUCUGGCCGGGGGUCGACUACACACAAAACACUGACAGCUAUCUGGCUAUCUUGGGAUCCCCCAAUGGCAGGGCAGCCGGAUUCUUCCUCGCUCAACACAAGCCCCAACUAGGUGGCAACCGCUGGGUCCAAACGAUCCGCGUAUUUCGAGUAGACGCAGACACAUCGGCACCCCAUAUUUUCUUCUUCGUCGGACCCGCGCCCUACCCCCCACCGAAGGUACCGGAUGAUCUACCCGAUCCUAUUAUACCGCCACCAGCGCAAGCGGUAGAAGUGGUCAAGAGAGUUUCUGAUGAGAAGAACAUAGUCAGACAGCACGUGCUCUGGGCGAAGUUGUAA